AUGGCCGCACCCACCGCUGCGAUGCCCCCCUCGCCCACGCGCGCCUCCCUUCUCGACCACCACGCUGCUCAACUUCAGCACCGCUCCGCCGCGCUCGACCUGCGCGCGCACGAGCUGUCGCAGGCUGAGGCCCGCCUGUCGCACCGUCUCUCCGCACUGCAGACGCGAACGCACUCGCUGUCACGCCUCGAGUCGACCGCGCGCUCCGAGAUGGCCUCGCUGCUUGAGGCUGUCACGUCGCGCCACGAGAAGCUAUCCGAGAGCGAGUCGCGCCUGCGCCAGCGCGAGCAGAGCCUGAAGAAGAAGGUCUCGGCGCUGCGCGGCACGCUGCGCAAUGCCGCGGCUGUCGAGAGGAAGCUCAGGGAGAAGCAGGACAUGCUCCGGGAGACAGAGAAGCGCAAGGAGGAGAUGCUCGCCGCGCUCGAGGAGGCCGAGGAGCGCUUGAGGAAGGUCGAGAGGGUGUCCACCGCGGCGGAGGAAAGGGCUGCGAAGGUUGCCGAGGAGGGAGAUGUGCUGCGAACGGCCGCUGAUAAGCUCGAGAUGCUUGAGAGAGAAGUUCGGAAGAGGGAUAAGGAAAUUGGGAACAAGGAAAGAGCUGUCAGAGAAGGGGAGGAGAGAGUGGAAAGAUUAUUGCAGUUUGAGGACGUCGUGCAACCGAUGAGGCGCUUCGUAGGGGAGUUUGCCAUCUUGCUUGCGGAGGAAGGGCGAGGGACGGCAAGUGAACUACCGGAUGGCGCUGCGGAGGAUGCUACGCCGCAGCUUGUGGCAGCGGAGGCUAUUGUCGCCGUCCGCGAGCUUUGCGCUAUGGUCCGCGCUCUCAGGGGGCAGAGGGAGGCGCAAGACGCCCGGGAAGCCCGCCUGGAGCAGUUGGAGAAGCAGAUGAAGAAGGAAGAGGGCGCUUUGAGGGUGAGGGAGAGGAGUCUCAAGUCAGCGGAAGGCAGGCUGGAUGUCGCGCAGCAGAGCUUAAACGCCGUCCAGAGCGAUGUCGACAAGGCGUGGGCGGAGAUUGAGAGCAACCGGACAGACCUGGAUCGGAGGGAGGAGAGUGUGAGGUUGAAAGAGUCUGAUGUUAUCGAGGCGGACCAGAGAAGGAGGAGGAAGGAGAGCGCAGUUAUGCAAGGAGAAAAGAUGCUUGUGCGGAGAGAGCGCAGCAUUCAAAGGGCUCAUGCGGCGGUGGGAGAGAGGGAGAAGGCUGUUGAGCAAAGACAGAGGGACCUCGACGAGGAGAAGGCCAGCUUACACAACUUGAAGACGACCAUUGAUUUGAAAGAGGAUUUGCUGCAUACAAGGGAUUUGGAGUUUACGGCAAGGGAAGCGAAGAAGAAUGCGGCGCUGGAUGCCUUACUUGAAGCUUCGGUCAGGAAGAAGAAGAGGCGCUCUUCACGCGAGCACUCUGUCUCUCCUGAGAGCGGGAGUGGGUCCUCACCAACACCAGAGCCGCAGGUGCUCAAUCCCACGGUCGUAGAAACGCGGGGUAAAAACGUUCAGCGGAUUGUGCAAUCUGCACCAGCUCCGGCAAGCACUUCGCAAGCAGCAAGGCCAACGGGUCAAUCCCAGGCAAAUGACCUAAACGGAGCCCUUCAAGACCCUGAACCUUCUACAGUUCGACGGCAACUGGAGUUUGAGACUACAGUGCAGCGUCAAGCGACUACGAGUGGAGGUGCAGUGCUGCCUGCGCCACUUGUUUCAAGACUGCCUCAGGCUGAGAAAGCACCAAAUCAGGAUGACUUAGACAAGGCUCCAACGCACGUCGUUAACGACGAUGACAACGAAAGCGAGGCAGCAGCAGACGACUUGCUCCCUGAACUACUCGGGGCCCGUGCGCUUUGGAAAGAGAGAGUGGUUCGGCUCGAGGCCGUGGUAGAAAAUAUGCGUGAGAACACCUGGGCUCUGAAACCGCACGUGCAGCCAAUUCUAACAUCUGUGUCAACACAACUGCGGGACAUCCACACGGAGAUCGAUUCGACCCCCGAGAGGCACCCUGAAUCCUCAAAAGCAUCCUACGGAACGGAGCAGCAGCGGCAAGUCCGAUGGGGUGCGUUGAUUCGAGAGCAGCUAGAUGCGGUGCGGGACGUCCAAACAGGGAUGCUGAUCGCUCUGAACAAGGAGGAGGACUCGAUGUUUCAAGAAAGUGGCCCCGCCCCCCUCCCCUCUGAACAGAGCGAGAGCGCGACUCAGACGACGAGCGAGCCCUCGGAAGGCCCGCGCGAGAAGCGUAGCCCGCCGCACAUGGCCGGGGACGAGAGCUCUGUGGACGUGACUCUGGACGCGACGGACGGGCGGCUGUUCCCGGACCAUUCGCUCGAGGCGACGGAGGACUUUGGCUCGAUCACGUCCUCGUUCCGCAAGUUCCGCAGGCAGAUGCGGGCGCAACGCGGGCUGGCAGAGGCGUCGCGCAACAGUCGGAUUAUUCGGAGGGAGCGCGUGCCGCGGGAGGCGCCGGCUCGAAUGCGGCCGCGGCAACCGGUCGGACGGGGGGUCGUCGUGCGCGAGACGAGGGGGAUCCGCGGAAGCGACCUGCUGCGAGAGCUUGAGUCCGUGCGCAACGACCUGGAAAGCAUCACCGGUAGCACUAAUUCGUCGGGUUUGCAAUGA